GUGUGAACCAUAAAACGGUGUUAGACGUGUUCGGAACACCCCUAACAAGAAAGUAUAAAAGCAACGAGAGAGAAACACACACAGAGCUUAUUCCCACCCAGAGUGACAAAUGGAUAUUAUUAUUAUUAUUAAAGUGACAAGAACUCAAGUGCUCGAUAAACAGUAUACUAGUAAAGCCAAAGAACUGCAAUCACAAAGCGAAGGAAUUCAAAGUAUUCAACAAUCAACAUCGUGCGUGUGUUAAAUCAACAAAUAAAAUAAUAAAGAAAAAAUAAGGUACCCUCGCAGACAACUUCAACGGAAACAUAAUCAAUCGCACAAUUGAUACAACACUCAGAAACAUGAAAUUAAGACCUUUGCGAUGGUUGCGCCAGCCGUCGGCUAAACAAUCAACCGCCCAGAAGGAGGAGCUGCAAGUGGUGCGCGAUCACAUGAUCAAGGACAUGCAGAAGCGCUUCGGCGAUACACCCGUCAAGAUACUGCUGCUGGGCACUGCCGAGUCCGGCAAGACAACCAUCUUCAAGCAGAUGAGAAUACUGCACAUAAAUGGAUUUACGGAUGAUGAGCGUCGCGAUCGCAUACCUGAAAUCUAUCAAAACAUCCACGACUCUAUCCAUCAGCUGGUGCUGCAGAUGGGCCUCCUGGGCCUGGACUUUGGCAGUUGUACCAGCGAGCGCAGUGCCGACUAUAUCCUGUCGCUGCCCGGCGGCGCACCGGACUACAUGAAUGAGGAGUACUGCGACCACGUCAUGACUCUGUGGAACGAUGUGGGCAUCCGUGCCUGCUACGAUCGCUCGAAUGAAUUCCCCCUGCUGGACAGUGCCAAAUAUUUUCUCGACAACUUUGUGCGGAUCAGCGACUGCGAGUAUAUACCCAGCACAGAGGACAUUCUGCACAGUCGGAAGAUCACCACGGGCAUCUCGCAGAUCACGUUUCGGGUGCCCGUGCCCAAGAGUCUGGGCGGCGGCGAGCAGGAGUUUCGCAUGUACGAUGUGGGUGGACAGCGGGAUCAGCGCAACAAGUGGAUUCAGGUGUUCGAGGGCAUACAGGCGGUGCUGUUUCUCGUCUCGUGCAGCGAAUUCGAUCAGAAUCUGCGCGAGGAUCCCAACCAGAAUCGCCUGGAGGAGGCACUGAAGCUGUUUCGGCGCGUCUGGCAGAACCGUUUCCUCGCCUCCGCCGGCCUGAUUGUGUUUAUCAACAAAUACGACAUCAUGGAGCGAAAGAUCAGGGCCGGCAAGCACAUUGUCGACUAUUUCCCAGAGUACGAGGAGUUCUGCAAGCGGCCGCAGCAGGAUAAUUGCUUCGAUGAGUGCGACUGGACGAAGAUGUUCAUCAAGCAGAAGCUCGUGGACAUCACCCAGGAGCCCUUCAAGCGUCAUUCGCGCAACAACAGCGAUCUGAUCACCUCCGAGCGUGAGUGCUACUACCACUUCACCGUGGCCACAGACACUCGCUGCAUCCGUGAGGUGUUCAGCGAUGUUCAGAAGAUGAUCCUCUCUGAGAAUAUGUCCGGAACGGGUCUAUUCUAGUGCGGAAACCUUGCGCACGCUCGCUCUCUCUCUCUCAGGCAGGGAGUAGUGCUUGCUCCCUGUACCAACUGUGAUCUUACUUAAGUAGGAAUGUAGAACCCUAGAUCAUAUUCGUACUUGUAUUCAUUAUACGUUUGUUGUAUAAUGUGGCAUACACACUAUACAACUGAGACAGCUUUAAUAUGAUUAAUUUAAAAGGAGUUAAAG